CCACCCCCUCCGGCGCACCACACGGACAGUGGUACCCGAUGUCGGUGUCGUCGUCGGUGACAGAUGGCGCAGUAUGUGUGUAUGCGAAGGGCUUCUCCAGCUUGACCUCUUUGAGUUCUUGUCCUCUUCAUCCGCCGCUGUUCCCCACUUUUUUUUUUUUUUUGAGUCGGGGUCUCGCCCUGUCUCCCAGGCUGGAGUGCAGUGGCGCGAUCUCGCCUCACUGCAAGCUCCGCCUCCCAGGUUCACCCCAUACUCCUGCCUCAGCCUCCCCAGUAGCUGGGACUAAAGGCGCCCGCCACCAUGCUCGGCUAAUUUUUUUGUAUUUUUCUUAGAGACGGGGUUUCACCGUGUUAGCCAGGAUGGUCUCGAUCUUCUGACCUCGUGAUCCGCCCGCCUCGGCCUCCGAAAGUGCUGGGAUUAUAGGCGUGAGCCACCGCGGCCAGCCUUGUCCCCACUUUUAACUCGGCCGUCGAAGGCCCGCACGCCUAUCACGGGCGCUUACAUAACGUGACCUUUCACCUCUUCAGACUGCCCUCUAGUGCGCUGCAACCCAACUGCGCGACAGGGGCAGGGGGGCGGGACCCAGGCGUGGAGCGGCAGCUCCUCCGAGCCAAUAGGCUGUGAGCGCUGACCAGCUCUCCGUCUAUUGGAACAUUCGCCACCGGCGCCCCAGGGGAGCAAGUUAAGUCUGUGCGUAGGCCGGGCCGGCAGGAGGAAGGGAAUCUCCCGCCAUUUUUCAAUAAUUUCCUCUGGUGCCGCUGAGGAGGAGUCGUGACUGCCGGCGGCUGGGACCCGAAGCGGAGGUCGGCGGGGGGCUGCUGGGAGGCGCGGCGCUGUGCGCGGGAGCUCUGCGCCGUGGCGUUCCGCUCCACGAGUACCGCGCGGCCGCGCCGGCGGUGAGGGAGCCGAAGUUCGCGCCGUCCUCUCACCCCUCCCCUCCCCCACCCCACCCCCGGGCGCCUGGCGCUAGGUCCGGGCCGAGGGGCAUAGUGCUGCGCCGCGGGGCCGGCCCCAGCAGCCGCCAGUCCCCACCGUCCCCGCCGCGAUGGCGCCGCUCCUGGGCCGCAAGCCCUCCCCGCUGGUGAAGCCGUUGCCCGGAGAGGAACCGCUCUUCACCAUCCCGCACACUCAGGAGGCCUUCCGCACCCGGGAAGAGUAUGAAGCCCGCUUGGAAAGGUACAGUGAGCGCAUUUGGACGUGCAAGAGUACUGGAAGCAGUCAGCUAACACACAAGGAAGCCUGGGAGGAAGAACAGGAAGUUGCUGAGCUUUUGAAGGAGGAGUUUCCUGCCUGGUAUGAGAAGCUUGUUCUGGAAAUGGUUCACCAUAACACAGCCUCCUUAGAGAAGUUAGUAGAUACUGCUUGGUUGGAGAUCAUGACCAAAUAUGCUGUGGGAGAAGAGUGUGACUUCGAGGUUGGGAAGGAGAAAAUGCUCAAGGUGAAGAUUGUGAAGAUUCAUCCUCUGGAGAAAGUGGAUGAAGAGACCACUGAGAAGAAAUCUGAUGGUGCCUGUGAUUCUCCAUCAAGUGACAAAGACAGUUCCAGGCAGAUUGCUCAGGACCAUCAGAAGAAGGAUCCAGUUUUGAAAGAGGAUGAAGGAAGGAGAGAGAGUAUUACCUGUGCCCAGGGCACCUUCAAGCCCCUGUCAGGAGAAGGGUCCUGCCAGCCAUGCCCAGCCAAUAGCCAUUCUGACACCAUCGGAUCAUCCAUCUGCCAGGGCCGCAUCGGGUACUUCCGGGCACGCACAGACCCCCGGCGUGCACCCUGCACCACCCCUCUUUCGGCUCCGCGGAGCGUGGUUUCCCGCCUGAACGGCUCCUCCCUGCACCUGGAAUGGAGCCCCCUGGAGUCCGGUGGCCGAGAGGACCUUACCUACGCCCUCCGUUGCUGGGAGUGCCGACCAGGAGGCUCCUACGUGCCCUGCGGGGGAGACCUGACCUUUGACCUCGGCCCCCGGUACCUGGUGGAGCCCUGGGUGGUGGUUCAAGGGCUACGUCCUGACUUCACCUAUACCUUUGAGGUCACUGCAUUGAACGGGGUAUCCUCCUUAGCCACGGGGCCCGUCCCAUUUGAGCCUGUCAAUGUCACCACCGACCGAGAGGUACCUCCCGAAGUGUCCAACAUCCGGGUGAUGCGGUCCUCACCCAGCAGCUUGAGCCUGGCCUGGGCUGUUCCCUGGGCACCCAGUGGGGCUGUGCUGGACUACGAGGUCAAAUACCAUGAGAAGGGCGCCGAGAGUCCCAGCAGCGUGCAGUUCCUGAAGACGUCAGAAAACCGGGCAGAGCUGUGGGGGCUGAAGCGGGGAGCCAGCUAUCUGGUGCAGGUACGGGCCCGCUCUGAGGCUGGCUAUGGGCCCUUCGGCCAGGAACAUCACAGCCAGACCCAACUGGAUGAGAGCGAAGGCUGGUGGGAGCAGCUGGCCCUGAUUGCGGGCACGGCAGUCGUGGGUGCGGUCCUGGUCCUGGUGGUCAUUGUGGUCGCCGUUCUCUGCCUCAGGAAGCAGAGCAACGGGAGAGAAACAGAAUAUUCAGACAAACAUGGACAGUAUCUCAUCGGGCACGAUACUAAGGUCUACAUCGACCCCUUCACUUAUGAAGACCCUAAUGAGGCUGUGAGAGAAUUUGCAAAAGAGAUCAAUGUCUUCGUCAAGACUGAAGGGGAGAUUGGUGCAGGUGAGUUUGGCGAGGUGUGCCGGGGGCGGCUCAAGGCCUCGGGGAAGAAGGAGAGCUGUGUGGCAAUCAAGACCCUGAAGGGUGGCUACAUGGAGCCGUAGCGGCGCGAGUUCCUGAGCGAGGCCUCCAUCGUGGGCCAGUUCGAACACCCCAAUAUCAUCUGCCUGGAGGGCGUGGUCACCAACAGCAUGCCCGUCAUGAUUCUCACAGAGUUCAUGGAGAACGGCGCCCUGGACUCCUUCCUGCGGCUAAAUGACGGACAGUUCAGGGUCAUCCAGCUCGUGGGCAUGCUGGGGGGCAUCGCCUCGGGCAUGCAGUACCUUGCCGAGAUGAACUACGUCCACCGAGACCUGGCUGCUCGCAACAUCCUAGUCAACAGCAACCUCGUCUGCAAAGUGUCUGACUUUGGCCUUUCCCGUUUCCUGGAGGAGAACUCUUCCGAUCCCACCUACACGAGCUCCCUGGGAGGAAAGAUUCCCAUCCGAUGGACCGCCCCGGAGGCCAUUGCCUUCCGGAAGUUCACUUCCGCCAGUGAUGCCUGGAGUUAUGGGAUUGUAAUGUGGGAGGUGAUGUCAUUUGGGGAGAGGCCAUACUGGGACAUGAGCAAUCAGGACGUGAUCAAUGCCAUUGAACAGGACUACCGGCUGCCCCCGCCCCCAGACUGUCCCACCUCCCUCCACCAGCUCAUGCUGGUCUGUUGGCAGAAAGACCGGAAUGCCUGGCCCCGCUUCCCCCAGGUGGUCAGCGCCCUGGACAAGAUGAUCCGGAACCCCGCCAGCCUCAAAAUCGUGCCACUGCCCGCCAGCCUGGGUAUGGGAGUGUGUCAGCUCUCAGGGGAGUCCCACUACGUGAGCUUUGAUGGUAGUAACCAUUCUACCCCAGACGCCUGCACUCAUGUCCUGGUGAAAGUGUGCCACCCCGCCAUGGCCUUGCCCUUCUUCAAGAUCAGUGCCAAGCAUGAGAAGGAGGAAGGUGGAACUGAGGCUUUCCGCCUUCACGAGGUCUACAUUGACAUCUGCGAUGCCCAGGUCACCCUGCAGAAGGGCCACCGUGUGCUGAUCAACAGCAAACAGGUCAUCCUCCCCGCGAUCUCCCAGAUCCCUGGGGUCAGUGUCAAAUCCAGCAGCAUCUACACUAUUGUUAACAUCAAGAUCGGGGUGCAAGUCAAGUUUGACGGGAAUCGUCUCUUAGAGAUUGAAAUCCCCACAACCUACUAUGGAAAGGUCUGCGGCAUGUGUGGGAACUUCAAUGAUGAGGAAGAGGAUGAACUAAUGAUGCCCAGCGACAAACUAGCACAUAGUGACAGUGAAUUUGUGAACAGUUGGAAAGAUAAGAGCAUUGACCCAAGGCUAUCCAGAAGAGAAUCCUUCACCAGCCCAAGUGUGAGCAGGCCUGGAGACUCUGCUGCUGAACUGCACCCCCUGAUGGCCAGCCUGGAUGUCACCUCUAUCCUGCUUGAGCCAGGCUCCCUGGAUCCCUGGACCACCUCCACUCCAGACCAGACAAUGGGGAAGCUGCUGGUCCCACACCAUUUCUGA